AAAAUAUCUUCGAUCAUUAGAUCGAUUUUACGUUUCCGUUUUAGCGGAUCUUUUCUUCGCAAGGCGAUUUUGAAGUGUAAAAGUUUCAAUCAAAUCAGACUUGUUCAUCACUCGCUAUCUAUUUUUGAUUUGAUUGAUUCUGAAUAAAGUUUGAAAUCUGCUUUUCGCUCUGAGCUCUAUUCUUAUUCCGGUGAUGCUCAGUUCAAAUGCCUUUUUCACCGCUCACUCUAACCACUUUCUAAGAGAAUUAGUCUUCGCUAUUUGAUAUAUCCACUUGUGGUGUUCUGUGAAGCGUCUCUGAUUGGAAGUAGGUGGAGUUAGAAGGAUUCUCCAAAUCGUUGUUGGAGAAGGUUCAGAAGAGUUGGCGUUCUUGUGACGGUCCAGCAAAGAGUCUUUCUACACCUCGAUUUAAGCGUCCUCAGAUAUAAAAUCCGGUGCAUCAAGGCUUCUCUGUUUGAGUACUGUCGGUUUAGGUGAAAAGCAAUCAGGGAGAAUUCAAGUUUUAAGGUUAAAGCUUGAGGCAGAUCAAUCAUGACAAAAGCUACGCCGGCGACAAGUACCGGCAUCGGUGGUGGCGAUAGAAACGACUCCUCAGUCUCCCAUCUGUUACGGCGGCGCGUGCAGACACGUCUGCAGAACCUCGAGUGGAAUGUGACCUGGAAGGACGCAUGUUAGGAAGUCCUUGGAAGGGAGACGCGUGGCCUUUUACGUGUUACACGAUUAGGUUUCGAGUCAAUAUAUUAGGCUUGACAACUAUAUGGGCUUAAUUUUAAUAGAGUUUGUAAUAGUAUGGGAUUUGGGCUUUUACCUUUCUUGUAUCUCUCCCUCUUUGGAUUUCUUUCAAUGAAAGAAAGGUUGACAAAAAAAAAAAAAAAAGAUUUUAUCCCCAGUCUUAUCAAUUUGCAGUUGGCCCUUUAUUUUAUAUAGUACUAAUCAUUGACAUAUUAUAAUUUUGUGCACUUGACAAUGAAAUUUUAACAGCCACGGUAUCUGUCGGCUAGGAAUGUCAAACAGGUUGAUCCGUCUCGUCCCGUCCAGUACCGCAGCGGGUUCGUCUUCGAGCGGGUUAUGGCGGGUCAGGCCCGCGCGGGCUGCGGUCCUCAAAAUGGCUGACCAAACCCGUACCGCAAAACAUGUAGGCCUUUGCGGAUCGAUCCGCGGGACAUAGAAUUACAAACGAACAUAUGGCUGAUGAACGCUUCAAGACAUGAUUCAGGACGCUUUAUCAGUUUCAUGAAACGCAUCAGUAAGUGAGUUUAGUCGAGGAUUGAACUGGAUAUGGCAAAACCCUUGUUAGUUGAAGAUUUUAGUUGGAUCAAAACACUAGUUUAUUUACUUUUGUUAGACUCCAAACAUUUUUAAAAUAAACAAUACUUUAGUUGUUGAAUCCAAAUAUUAUAAAUCAUAAGUUCAUAACAAACUAUGGGGUACACCCCGCGCUUCGCACGGAAUAUUGUUUUAUUAUUGUUAAGAGCAUGAUUUUUUUUUGGAUAAUGUAAUUAUGUUAUCGUUUUUAUUUGUUAAGAUCAUUAUUUGAUGUUUUUAGUUUGUUAUGUAGUAGGUAAUAAGUUAAUAUAUUUUUUUUUUAAAAUAAUGUGUUGUUGUGUGUAUAGUACUUGUUAGUAGUCAAAUGAGUCUCUAACGUAAACUAAUAUUGAAUUUCAAUAACUUUGCAUCUACGCAUUUGUUGAUUCUAAGAUUAACGGUUUCAUCGUCAAAAUUGUAUUAUAUUUUUUUCAUAUUUUUGAAAAUUAUAAUUUUUAAGAUGUUUUUUGCCCUUUCCCCAUAUUUUAAACUUGAGUUCUCACCGUCUAUGUAUUUUGUUACAUUUCUGGUGUGCGGUGCUUCUCACCAUCACCGGAAAAGACUCACAUUUUUCUCUUGUUCUUCUUGCCUUCUUCACCUAUGAGAUUAUAUGGUAUUUGUUGCAUAUCGGGUUUAUGAGUUUUCAGUUGUUCGGUUGCUUCCCACGGCAUUGUAGGCUGUUCCAGUCAAUAUUGAUUGCUCCUCUUCUUCCUUAGAUUUCAGCUGAUGUUAGGAAGUGCAUCUCCUUGGUUGGGUCAUAUUUUAUUCGUCUUUGAUUUUGUAUUCCUCGUCGUUGGCUUACCGUCAAUAGUCUCUGCUCGUUUUGGUUUUCAAGAUCUAGUUUUUGGUGUUCUGACUUCUAUGCUCUCUUUCAUAGCGUGAGGACGGCUCCAUAGUUUUCUGAUUUCGCUUUGUCUCCCUUUCCCUCUUUAUUCUUGCAUCUCUUUGCAUCUUUCAUCGCAUCUCUGGUGGCUCUCCCUUUCACCAUGUUUGCCACUCGAGAUUUGGAUAAUGUUUUCGUUCGUGUAUGCUAUGUGGGCUUGGAAGGUUAUUUCUGGUCUCAAGUUUAGUCUCUGAUUUUUUGGUGGUUGUCUUCCAUUCUCCCUCUCUCAAGUUGUUUCUUUUCUUUCCAUGUUUUCCUUGGUAUAGGUGUGCGGAGUUAGUCUCUUGGAGCUUUGGUCUCUUCUAUCCAGAGCUUUGUGGUUUUUCAGUUGGAUGUCGUCUUGUAUGUUCUUGUUUAGUCUGUGAGGUGUUUCUUAUUUUUUAGCUACUGGUUGUGAUUCCGGUGUUUUAGGCAUAUAUUUUCCUGCUUUUUGGUGGCUUUGGCCUUUCGAUUAUUAUUCUCCCUUUGGCCCGCUUUCUUAGUUUAUGUGUUGAUUGUCUAGUUUCUUAUUCUUAAUUUGAUUAUCUUAUGAUACUAAUAGUGAAAUUAAUAUAAUUUGUAAAAGAAAUAAUAAAAAUUAGUAAAAAUAAUAAAAUGAUGAAAAGUCUUGCUAUUUUUAGGUGUGAAUAAAUUAAAUAUUUAAAAUAUAUUUAUAUUAUUUUAUUUAUUUCUUGAAUUUUAGAGACCAAUAAGUGUGAGAAGGAUUAGAUAAUACACAGUUAGAAAUUGAUGGAGAAAAUUGCAAUAAUUUAAAAGAAGAAGAAUUUAAAUACAAAAAAAAACACGAGGACACAUGUCAACAAAUCCCCCUUCCACAUGUCAUAAGAAGGAAAAAAACCAAUUUUAUAUAUAUAGAUGCUUUAGUUUUCUGAAUCCAAAAUUAAAUAAAACCAACACCAAAUCAAGGAUGCUAAUCCCAAAAAUAAAUAAAAAGAAAACACCAAUCACACUUCUUGUUCUUCAUCUUUAUCACCAACAAACGACAAAAAGAUGAAAAUUUCUCUUCUUCACCAUCAACUUCAUCUUCUGCAAAUAAGAAUAAUAGAAGUUAGUUAAAGAUAUAUUGAAACCUAAAACUCCAAAAUGUAUGAUAAUGUGAACAAAUAUAUAUAGGCAAAACUAUGAAGAACCCAUGGCGGGAACUAGAUCUUCUUUUUCGGUGGAAAGUGAGUUUUUAAACUUUUUAUGAUGACACGAAGAAGCUCCACCGGUGCAGAUUGAAGGCGCUUGGGAGACCAGAAGCAUCAUCGACCCUGAAACCACCAUCACCGGAGCUACAUAAAUCGAAUCACCUUCUCUCUCUCUCUCUCUCUCUCUCUCUCUCAAUGUUUUAGGCGAAAGUAGAAAUGGGGGCUUAGGGUUGCGGGUCUUCAAAAUCCCGCAGGUUAAGCUCAUCCCGCUUUCGACCCGUCCCGCGAGGCCCGCAAAUUUGCGGGCUUACCAAAUGGAGGCCCAAUCCCGCCCCGCAGCAAGCUUUUACGGGCUAGGCCCGCGGUCCAGGUCCUUGAUUGCCAUCACUACUGUCGGCCUUUCUCAAGAAUCCGGUUCGAUAUGGUCCGGACAUAUAUGAAUUUUCUGAAAACCGGACCGUGAUUCAUAUGAUCUCCCCGGUUUGAUUAUUAAGGUAGAACGAUCAGUUUUGUUAAGAAACGAAAUAAAUAGUCAACUUUCAGUUACCUUUUUUAUAUCUUUUGAUGCAAGUAAUCAUUUGAGUUUGGUGUUCUGGAACCUUCAUAGUUACCAGGAAGAUAAGUUAUUUUAGGUGAGUUUCCUCGUACGGUCCUAACUACAUAACCUAAUAGAUGUCAGAUUAGAUGUCUCUGUUAUCCAAUAAAUAAACCCUGUUAAUCACAACCGCCCUAAGUAUUAACUAACAAUUAAACCCUAAAACCUAAUCUUGUCUAUAUUAAGUCCUAACCCCACCUUUCACAAUUUGCCUAAUAAUAAACCUUAAAACCCUCUUAAUAUUUUAUAAGAAGACGCAGUUUGAAAGCUAGUCUCUUCGUUAAUUUAUUCUUUAAUUUAUAAAAUCCAUCAAGAACAAAUUAAGUCUUUUUCAGAAGAAAAAGACAUAAUGGCGUCUAUUGCGACCAGUCUCGUUGUUAUUGUUACCAUGUUGGUCUCAGCCGUGGCCGUAGCUUCAGAGUCCAACAUGCUUCAAGAUGUUUGUGUUGCUGAUUUGUCCAAUGCGGUCAAGGUCAAUGGAUACACAUGCAAGGACUCAACACAAGUAACACCCGAACACUUUUUCUUUCAAGGCUUAGCCACCGCCGCAGCCGCCUCAAACACAAGCACCGGCGCCGUUGUAACCGGAGCCACCGUGGAGAAGCUACCAGGACUCAACACUCUCGGUCUCUCCAUGUCCCGCAUUGACUACGCACCAAACGGCCUAAACCCACCGCACGUUCACCCACGUGCUUCCGAGAUCAUCUUUGUCCUAGAGGGUCAGCUCCACGUAGGCUUCGUAACAACCGCAGGAAAACUCGUCGACAAGUACAUCAACAAAGGAGAUGUUUUCGUUUUCCCCAAAGGACUUCUCCAUUUUCAGAAGAACAUAGCUAGGUCGGCUCCUGCUUCUGUAAUAGCGGCUUUUGAUAGCCAGUUGCCUGGAACACAGUCACUAGUGUCCUCUCUUUUUGGAGCUCUCCCUGAUGACAUUCUCGUUAAGUCAUUCCAGUUCAAACCCAAACAAGUUAAGAGGAUCAAGUCCAGAUACCAACCCAAGAAAUGAAAAAACAAUACAUUUUUCUUUUCUUUUUUUAUUCUUGGUGAUAAUGUAAUAAAAAUCUUUUUAUACGAACAUGACCAAUUCAUUAGUCUCGGGAAGCCAUUUAAGCUUCAGCUUUGUAGUCUUCACAGACCCUUGGAGAUUAAGAACACCAGAUAACAAGUAAAUUAAGAACUCUGUUUGAUCUUAUUGAAACUCAACGUUUACAGAAACUCAAAGAUUUAAAAAAAAAAGAUAAAUAGAAGAUGAUGCUAAACAAGUAACCAUCUCAUAGAUUCAACAUAUUCAGCAUAAGGAAACUAGAAAGAAGCAUCCUUAUUAUUUAAAGGACAGUUAUCAAGUCUUGUGCAAAGACGCUGUUUCCCUCAGAGUCUCUGCUUUCCCUUUAACGACCCUUUGAAUCAUGUUGUUUCUUGCCGCCAAAGCUUUCCUUACUCUUCAUAUUCUCUGGUCUUCCUACUUAGAGCCUGACUAUUUUCCCGCUACCACCCGCGAACGCAGCUUUUACGGUUAGCGGUUGACAGCGUUUCAAAACAAUCAUACAAACCGCUACAAAUCGCUUCAAACCGCUCCAAACCUCUUAAAAUCAAAAACUGCUUUCAGCUAGCGUUUGCAGUUGCGGGUGGUUGCGGGCGGAUAAAUUUUUUUUUUUUUUAAAUAUAUAAAUACAAAAAUAAAAAUAUUCAAUAAAAAUUUAAAAUUGGAAUUAUAAAAAUACUAAAAUAUAUCUAUUAUAUUUUAAUUACUAUUAUAAAAUUUUAAAAAAUUUAAAACUAUAACUUUCUAAAUAUAAAUUUCA